AUGCUUGUGAUUUACGCCCUUUCCAAGGUAUAUAAGUCACUGGAGAACCCACCAGGCUGGCCUAUCGUGGCAGUUAUUAACUGUGUUUGGUGUUGAUCUCAUUUUACUGUUGCAUCUGGGAUGCAAACAGGCAUGUUAAUUUGUAACAAAACCUUGCCUUGUAAGAGUGAUGUGAACGCAAGAAAAUAUUAUAUCCUUGCUUUUGUCAGUCUUUGUCCAAGAUACUAACUUUCACUGACCCAGCUGAAAAUACUAAUGGCCGAAUUGUGGCUUCAUAUGCAGUCUAAUGGCAGUGGUGUCAGACGUUUGAUGGGUGUCUUAAAAUAAUCAUACCAUACUAUAGAACAAGAAACGGUGUAGUUUUUAGCUAGCUUCCUCCAAAUACGUCCUGACCUCAAAAUACUAUUCUAUUUAUGUCAGAUGUUCCGUUAAAUGAUGUACUGAAAAACAAGUUUAUUGAUGGUGUAUACUGUAACUAUUUGAUUUUCUUAACAGAAUGAAUUUUCAAAUGGAGAUUUAUUAUUGGUCCGUAUUACACCAGAUGAAGAAGGAAAAUUUGGAUUCAACCUGAAGGUAAGGUGCAAUUUACUGUUGCUUUUUGUUGUAACUGUGCAUAAAUAAUUUCCUGAUAGUUUUCUGUUGGUAUUCACAAUGUAUUUGUAUAUUAUUGGUAUUUAACUUGUAUAAUAAUUACAAAUUAAAUGUUCCACACUGCAGACAUCAUGGGGAAUUUUAGGAAGUUAAGUACAUUUUGUUUACAUAUAGAUACAAUAGUAAAAACUAAAAGUAAAAAGUAAAAUAAAAAAACAAACUCUGUAAAAUAUUUAUCGCUUUCAAUUACUUUGCAGGGAGGUGUUGAUCAGAAAAUGCAGUUAGUGGUAUCCAGGAUAACUCCAGGUUCCCCGGUAAGUCUUACUUUGCCCUUGUGUUCUCUAUAAACCUACAGUAUACAGCAUACAUACGUCUUGUAUAGAGUGAGUCAAAGGCUAUAAACCACCCAAAAUCAUGUAUGACCAUUAAUUUUAGAUUAAUUUCAUCAUUCCCAUUAUGUAAUAGACCAAUGGGUGUACUUCUGAUGAAUGUUAUCUUAGUGGUCAUCUUGAAUACAUUGUCUUACAGAUAACUGGAUGGGUCCUGAUCUUCGACUCAUCUUCUAUGGUUAGAAUUGCUAUGUUUCUACUAACUACAGUAUUGAAUUGUGUAACUCCAUCUCAUUCCCUUUGAUAAGUAUCCAUAUAACUUCUUACUUUACAAUGAAGAGAGAUCACUGGACAUUACAUUCCUGUGGUUUCUUACAUGAUACUCCCACACUGCAAACUCUUUGCCCCAUGCUGACAGAAUACACAAUUUUAGAAUAAAACAAGUUUAAAUUGUCUCAAACAUUCUAGCACACAAGUAACAGGGUUUACAUUUUUAUAUCUGCAAUGCAUGGCAUAUUAUUAUUAUUUAUUUAUUUUUUGUGUGUGUUUGUACCAAUAAUACCCCUCUGGAAAAACAAUGAAUCAUCUACAAGUAAAGUUAACAAUGGUACCUCUUUUUUUAAUAAGUUCAUACAAAGACCUACCCCCAUUAACAAAAAAAUCCCUGAAAGUCAAAUAUUUACAUACAAUUUCCAAGACUUAAUAGUACAUAACUGUUUAAAAAUCAGAAUGAAUCAGAAACAAUGGACUUAAAUUAGAUUUAAUAUAUCUUGUACAGUGAGGGGGAAAAAAGUAUUUCAUCCCCUGCUGAUUUUGAAUGUUUGUCCACUGACAAAGAAAUGAUUGGACUAUAAUUUUAAUGGUAGGUGUAUUUUAACAGUGAGAGACAGAAUAACAAACAAAAAAUCCAGACACAUGCAUGUCAGAAAAGUUAUUCAUUGAUUUGCAUGUCAAUGAGUGAAAUAAGUAUUUGACCCCUUCGACUUAGUACCCCUUCGAUAUAUGUUUCCUUUCUUCCCUUUUUUGUAAUACAUUGUAGAAAUAAGGAAAUUUGGCCAUAAGAAGGCCUCUUAAGAGAGAAAUGUGCUCUCUUCCUGCAUUAUAAUGCCAAUAAUAGCUGUACCGUUUAGUUUCCUUCACUUAUAAGACGUUUUUUUAGCUUUACAAUAUUACUUUGCCAGUUUGUUUACCCUUUAAGCACAGACUAGGGACAUUUAGUGGCAAUGAGAUAGAUACUAUUUAUUUAGUGGAUAGGACCCUCGAAGACCCGAUAGGGCAUUGUUAGAUAAUGUUUACUUAUUGAUAAUUAAUUGGGGACUGAGUCUCUCUUUCUCUUUAGUAAAUAUCCACUAUUUAUCUCUAUUAUUACAUUUAUAAAGUGUUGCACUGUUUCCCUGAUUUUUCCGGUGGUGUAAAGUUUGUCUCCUUGAAAUUCUAUAAUUGAGAUAUUUUAAAUACUCAUAAUAGUAGACUUUUAAUAAACAGCAACAAUUUAAAUGACACUUUUUCUUGUAAACUUGUUGCACAAAAUGAUUUGGAUAAUUGCUUUGUUUUUAUCUUGCAUCUUGUCAUUUUAUCUUAACGUUGUUUCAUUCUAUACUUCUGACACACUUCUAAUGGGAGACUAUUAGUUUCACACUAGUCUGGAACUGGGUAAAGCCUAAUACUAAUAUUUCUAUUGCUAUCGAAGUGCCGAAUUUCAUAAUUUAUUUAGUUGUUUAAAUUAAUUUUCAAAGACAGACUAAUAAAAGCUAAAUUUAAAAUACACACACACGCCACACACCACUCACCACACAAACACACACACACACACACUCUCUCUCUCUCUCUAUCUCUCUCUCUCUUCUAGGAAAUAGCUUUGUUCUGUCGAAUGUGGAUAAUCCAUUAGAAAUCCAUAUAAAUAAAAAAUAAAGAAAAUAAACUGUUUUUAAAAUACACUUUUAAAUUGUAAAUAUUUAUCAAAGAUAAGAAAAUAAAAAGGCAAAAAAAUGAGGCAGAGAUUUUUUUUUUUAAAUUAAUAGUAGCCAUCCCAUAAACCCCUCACAACAACACAAACCGCUUCUGCCAACUUUACCACCAACAUAUAUUAUAAUAAAAAUUUAAAAAGAAAGAGAUCAUUUUUUUUCAAGGAAAUAGAAAGAAACCUCCUAAGCCAACUCGGUGCAUUGCUUAUACUGAUCUAGUGUAUACAAAUGCCUCCAUUAAAUGUAUCUCCUUAUUAUAGUUGAAACAUUCCUCAAUGUGGGUGUACUAGUUGUCUUUCAAUUCAGAGAUGUGUAUACAUUUUUCAUUUUUUCUAGAUAACAAAUCUACAUUAUGAUCUAUAAUAUAUAUUUAUAACUGUAUGAGGAUAUAAGCAUAUACUCUCAUCUUCUCUUACUGUCGUGUGUCUAUUUGCAUGAUCACAUUAUUCUAGAAAUAAAUAUAUGUAAUAUUAAUGGUAUUAUUGGUGAAUAAACAUUCUGGAGCCUGUUUGUUGAUCAUGAAAACUCACAGUAUCUGUGGGAGUAGAAAUGUGUUCAGAAAGAGGACUUGUGCUUAGAAGGAAGGAUGUUCGAAUACUAUGAGCAAUUUUAGUGAGCCAAUCUUUUAAAAAUGGUGACUUACAGGGUUAUUUAUUAAAGUGAGAAUUUAAAGCAAAUUUCACAUUUAAGGCUAAGUUAACCAAACUGACAACAUAGCUGACUUAGAAUAUUUUUCCAGUUGACCUUAAAUUUGAAAUUCAUUUAGAAUUCUCACUUUAGUGAAUAUUCGUGUUCUGUAGAUACAUUAUACUAAACAAAGUUUUUUAGAAAAAUAUGGGCAAAAGGGUGGAGAGUUCUUCUAAAUGUUGUACAGGCAUGGGAGAAUAGACGAGAGAAUGAAGAUAAAAAUAUCAUAACAUAAUAACAUGAUUAUUUUUUUGUGUUUAAAUAGGCGGACAAAUGCAACCCUAAACUUAUUGAAGGCGAUCAGAUUGUGCUGAUCAAUGGUCGUGAUAUAUCAGAGCACACGCAUGACCAAGUUGUAAUGUUCAUAAAAGCCAGUCGAGAAUCUCAUACACGGGAACUUGCACUGCUGGUUAGGCGGAAAGGUAAGCAUUGCAAUUUUGGAGCUUUUGUAAAAUGGGUUAAAGCAAAGCAAGACACACAAUUUUGUAAUUCUGGUAUACACUGUGAGUAUUAUUUCCUUGAAACUGCUCAGCAGUUUGGCAGCUGAGUAAACACUAUAUGGUUAAAAGUAUUGGGAUACCUGAUUAUUAUACCAACAGGGACUUUUUAUCAUUACAUUCUUGCAUUCAUUGCAUUAGUAUGUAGUUGGUCUCAUCUUUGCAGCUAACAGCUUCCACUCGAGAUUUUUCUUUGGGAAUCUUUGCCAAUUCAUACAGUAAAGCAUGUAUAAGGUCAGGCACUGAUGUUGGAUGAAAAGACCUGGCUUGCAAUUUCUAUUCAAGUUCAUACCACAGUUGCUCGAUGGGAUUCAAGUUAGGGCUUUGUAAGGGCAAGUCAAGUUCUUCCACAUCAAACUCCUCAAACCAUGUCUUUAUGGCUUUGUGCACUUGGGCUUUGUGCACUUCCCCAAUCUAUUCUCACAAAGUUGGAAGCAUAACAUUGUCCAAAAUGUCUUGGUAUGCUGAAGCAGAAACAGAUAUUAAGAUAUCCAUUCAUUGGAAGUAAUGGUCCUAGACUAACCCCUGACAAACAGCCAUAUACCAUUAUCCUUCCCCUACCAAAUUUUACAGUUGGCACAAUGCAGUCAGGCAGUUAACAUUCUCCUGGCAUGCACCAAACCCAGACUCACCCAUCAGACUGCCAUACAGACAGGGGUGUAUUUACUCAGAGGAAAACAAGGCAUUUGCCUUGGGCUGCACUUUUUUUGGGGGGGGGGGCAAAAAAGCCACACCCCCAAUCACCCUGGCAAAUGCCUUGCCAGCCUCUUAUCCUGGCGGUAUACAUACAAAAAGAAGUUAGGUGGUUAGGUGUGGCUGGUUUUUCAAGUAUUUUGUCACUGUAGGAAACAAAUAAACAUGGCCGAAGCCUAGUGCAAUACAGUAUGGUCUAAUACAUAGACAAAUAUAUGAUUCUAGUGAUGUAGUACUCACAAAGAUGGAGCCAAUAUGAGAGGCUCACAACAAGUGCAGAUAGGGAUGUUGGAAGGGACCCCAUUCCUUUUUGAUGCUUUAGGAGUCUUCUUGUUCGCCCAAUAACUUCACUGAAUAUAGGCUCCAAUAUCAGGAAAUUCGUUAUUGGCAUGAAGCAAAAAAAAAGUAUAAAACAAAAAAUGAAAAGAAAUAAAUAAUAAAGUAAGAUAAAAAUAGUAGAAAUGGGUACAAUGAAUAAAGUCCAAAUAGUAUAUAAAAACUUGCUAGACGCGUUUCGUCCAGGCCCGGACUGGCCAUCGGGCACACCGGGCAAAUGCCCGGUGGGCCGCGGUGGCCAUGGGCCGAGGCCGGCAGGGGAGGUCCCAGGAUCUCCCCUGCCGGUCUAUGCAGGGCCGGCACUCUCCUAGCGCCGGCCCCGCUGUUUGUCACGACGGGCCGGUGGGGAGAUCAAGGAUCUCCCUGACCGGCCCACAUGCGGCCGCCGGCGGGGAGGGAGCCAGCCAGCCAGCCAGGCUGGAGAGAGGACCCGGCGGAGCUCUAACUUGCAGCUCCGCCGGGUUCCUCUCGCGAGAUCCGGCACGUUGCCAUGGCAACAACCGGAUCUCGCGAGAGUGAACUCUAGCCUCACAGGCUAGAGUUCACUCACCCACGAGGACCACCAGGGAACACCGCGUGCCGGACCCCCCCUCCCAGUCCCAGCGUGCCGGUCCCCCCCUCCCUUCCAGGCUAAAGGUAAGAAGGGGGGGGGGAAUAAUGCCUGUUUUUUUUAUUUUUUUAUUUUUUUAUUUACCCCCCCCUACACACACACACACAAUAACAUUUAUACAGCACUCUCACACCCAUCACACACAGCACUCUCACACACAUUACACACAGCACUCUCACACACAGCACUCUCACCCAUCACACACAGCACUCUCACCCAUCACACACAGCACUCUCACACACAUUACACACAGCACUCUCUCACACAGCACUCUCACACCCAUCACACACAGCACUCUCUCACACAGCACUCUCACACCCAUCACACACAGCACUAUCACACACAGCACUAUCACACACAGCACUAUCACACACAGCACUAUCACACACAGCACUCACACCCAGCACUCUCUUACCCAUCACACACAGCACUCUCACACCCAGCACUCUCACACCAUCACACACAGCGCACUCUCACAGAGCACUCACACACACACAGCACUCUCACACCCAUCACACACAGCACUUUCACACACACACAGCACUCUCUCACAGCACUCUCACAGAGCACUCUCUCACACCCAUCUCACACAGCACUCACACACCCAUCACUCACACACGGCACUCUCACACCCAUCACUCACACACGGCACUCUCACACACAUCACACACACACGGCACUCUCACACACAUCACACACACACCGCACCCUCACACACACACAUACACCGCACCCUCACACGCACACAUACACCGCACCCUCACACACACACAUACUGCACCCCUCACAUACACACAGAACCCCCCCAACACACAUACACAAUACUUCCAAAUAUAUAUAUAUAUAUAUAUAUAUAUAUAUAUAUAUAUAUAUAUAUAUAUAUAUAUAUAUAUAUAUAUAUACACAUACAUACAUACACACACACACACUACACUCUUAAAGGACCACUCUAGCCACCCAGACCACUUCAGCUUAAUGAAGUGGUCUUGGUGCCAGGUCCUUCUAGGGUUAACCCAUUGUUUUAUAAACAUAGCAGUUUCAGAGAAACUGCUAUGUUUAUCAAUGGGUUAAGCCUUCCCCCAAAACCUCUAGCAGCUGUCUCAUUGACAGCCGCUAGAGGUGCUUGCGUGCUUUUCACUGUGAAAAUCACAGUGAGAGCACGCAAGCGUCCAUAGGAAAGCAUUAUAAAUGCUUUCCUAUGCGACUGGCUGAAUGCGCGCGCAGCUCUUGCCGCGCGUGCGCAUUCAGCCGACGGGGCGGAUCGGAGGAGGAGAGCUCCCCGCCCGGCGCUGGAAAAAGGUAAGUUUUAACCCCUUUCCAGAGCCGUGCGGGAGGGGGUUCCUGAGCCACAUAUGCAUCACAUUACACCACAAACACGACACGACUAAAACCGACCUUAUUACACAAUACCACACCACGACCAGCUCACUCUACACACAAGCAAUACCACAAGCAGGCUCCAAACACAUGCACAAUACUCUGUCCUGGCCUUUUGUCUCCUGGUAUCCAUUUAUAGAGACACCAGAGACAAGUUGCAAGGAAACACAGUGCAAGCAUGUUAUUAAAUUUACUUGCACUGUGCAGAACAAAUACAGGACUUUUUUCUCAUGCUAGAGCUCUUCAGCAGAGCUCUGCGCAUGGUCUGCCCUGGAAGAGCAUUGAACCAACAUGCUCACUUUGAGAGGAGGCGUGUUUGUCAUUGGUGACAAAACACACCUCCUCUGCCCCGCCCCCUUUUUAGUGGGCCGCUGUGUUAAAAAAAUGCCCGGGCCGAAUUUUUCUCCCAGUCCGGCCCUGGUUUCGUCUGUUAAAAAAGCUUUGUUGAGACCUGCAGUGGUUAUGGUACUGCGGUCUUCUAUUCCUUUCCCAAUAGCUGAGCAUAAGUGAAUAUAACUGCAGUUAGGAGGUAGAGGAAUAGAGUAGAUAAAUGCAGCUUCCAAGAUGAUUCUCCCCAGCAAGUAAAAUAUUUCCCAAGCAUGAGCCUAGACUUCAUAAAUGUGUAACAGGAAUAACUUUUAUUGAUGCCACACUGGCUUUUAUGAGAAUCCUCCCUCAAGAGGACCUCCCACAGUAAACAAAGACAAUAACCAAUCAGCAUACAGAUUUACAGUAACAACCGCCCUCUCUCUGCCUGGGAGAGAUUGAGAUAAGUUAAGGAAUAACCCAAUUAUCUCCAGGCAGAGGGCACACAAUUUCCCCAAAAAUUAGAACACCCCUUUACACACAAGGUAUCCCCACAAAUUACAUAUCCCCUGAUAGCCCUGAUCUGGGGGACCAACAUAUUCAAAUUUCACCCAGAUCGGUUCAGGGGUUCUCAAAAAGUAUGGAAGUCAUAAGUUACCGACCAGACAUGAGGCUACUUCCCAAAACAGUUCUACGAAUUCGGCGUGUGCGGUCGGUCAAUUCAGUAAAUGGCAUAAAAACAAAUAAAGUCCCGAAUGGAUCCUCCUGGCUCAUAGCAGCGAUUGCUCCCCUUGUUCGUAUGAACCAAACUACCGAAUGGCGCUCUCCUGGCUGUUUGGCAACUAAAGGAAGCGGUGGUUUGGGAGGUCGAGUGUCCGAUUUUAGUUCCAGACACUCGACGACCAAGGCCACCGUUUUCUGUUCCACGUGGCAUUUGGCUAUACGAAUGGCGGCCGCCCAGAGAGUGGUUCUUUUUGAAGUUAAUGAGCCAGGAGGGUGGUCGGUGUUCGGUAGUUUUAAACUGCCAAACCAAUAAAUCCAAAAUGAACGAAAUGUUGCAGAAAAGCACGAACACAGAAGAAAAUGCCGAAACUCAGUCUAUUUUCUUCACAGGCGUCUUCAGUUGCUUGUAGAUCUUUUCCAGCGUUUGGUUUUUUUUGUAUGCCUCUCACUGAUUGCUCAUUGUGGUCACCUGAUGUUGCCGACCGGUUCCGUCUCUUUUUGAUGACGCAGAUCUUCGCGUCUCUUCCUGAUGACGUUGGUACAUUCAGUCCGUAUUUGGAACGCAUUCUUGCGUUUCACAGUCCAAAUAAACUUUAUUGUUCUUAACAAUAUUGUAUAUUUCAUAUAUGAAUAUCGGAGAAAGGAAAAAAAGGAGAUCAUUAUAUUGUUUUUUUUUUUUACUAUUUAUAAUAGAAAUCUCAAAACAUGCAGAAAGCGUUAAGUAUAAGAGUACAUAAGACUUAUACAAGUGUUUCAGUAAUUGUACAUAUUUUUAAUGCAUAAAACCAAUAGAUCAUUACAUUAUAUAUUAAAGGUACACAAAGUGUCAUGCUCUAUAUUGCAUAAAGUGCUUAAUAUAUUUAAAAGCUGUAGUGAAAGUGUAUAAGGUGUCAAACUCUAUAUUUAAAAGGUGCUUAAUAUAUUGAAAAGCUGUAAUAAUGCUCCUAAUGUUUAAGUCAGUUUAAUAGAUCAUUAAAAAUUACCAUCUGAACUUUGUGGGUUACACAGCAGGACUUUGUAUUUAUUUUGAAUCUUAUCCUGGGGGGCCCAGGAGCUGGCCGGGUGGCCACCUCAGGGCCCCCCUGGCUGGCAGCGGUGGAACUUUCCGGGCAGGUGGCGAGGGAGCACUAAUCCUCCUGUUCAGCUCCCUUGCGCCCACCGCAGUGAUGCCGGAGUAUGACAUCAUUCCAGCCCCAGCAUCACUACACAGCGUGCGAGGGAGCUGAACAGGAGGAUCACUGAUCCCUCACCGCCUGAAGUCACCGGCCGGCCAGCAGCCCCACUGGACCUCAGGGACAGUGAUAAUACACCCCAGCAUUCCCAAAGGUAGGGAGGCUGGGAGGAUUGCAUUUUUUUUUAAAAAUGUGAGUGUGUUAGUGUGUGUGUGGGUCUGUAAGUGAGUGUGUGUGUGUGUUUGUCUGUUAGUGUGUGUGUUUGUCAUCUGUUAGGGAGUGUGUUACUAUGUGUGUGUCUGUUAGUGUGUGUGUCUGUCGUCUGUUAGGGAGUGUGUUACUAUGUGUGUGUCUGUUAGUGUGUGUGUCUGUCAUCUGUUAGGGAGUGUGUUACUAUGUGUGUGUCUGUUAGUAAGUGUGUAUGUUAGUGUGUUUGUAUGCAUGUCUGUUAGUGAGAGUGUAUGCGUGUCUGUCUCUGUUAGUGAGUGUGUUAGUAUGUGUGUCUGUUAGUGAGAGUGUAUGCGUGUCUGUUAGUGAGUGUGUAUGUCUGUUAGCUAGUGUAUGUGUGUCUGUCUGUGAAAGUGUGUGUCUGACACUGAGUGUAUAUGUGUCUGUCAGUAAGUGUGUAUGUGUAUUUAGAAGAGCGGGAGGGGGAGGAGUGCAUGCGUUUUGUCAUGCCUAGGGCAUACACCACUGCAUACAGAGAAGUGUGAUUAGUUGCUCCAGAGUUCAGUGGUGACAUGCUUUACACCACUCAAUCGAUGCUUGGCAUUGUACUUGGUGAUGUGAGGCUUGCAUGCAGCUACUUGGCCAUGGAAACCCAAACUCUUCCAGUUUUCAAUGAUAACACUUACAGUUGACUGUGGAAUAUUAGGGAUGCAGGGAUGAAAUUUCGCAAACUGACUCAUUGCAAAAGGUGGCAUCCUAUCACAGUAUCACGCUUAAAGUCACAGAGCUCUCCAUUUUUCACAAAUGUUUCUGAAUGCAGACUGCAUGGCUACGCACCUAAUUUUAUACACCUGUGGCAAAGGGUCUGAUUAAAACACCUGUAUUCAAUAAUUAAGAGGUGUAUCUCAAUAAGUUUGUCCAUAUAGUGUAUGUUGCAUGCUGGAUAACGUAACCAUCAGUUCAGUAUCUUGCUUCAUAUCAUAACUCUAUAACUGGAAUACUGUGUAGAGUAAACAUAGAAGCAUAGAAUGUGACGGCAGAUAAGAACUAUUCGGCCCAUCUAGUCUGCCCAAUUUUCUAAAUACUUUCAUUAGUGUUGUGGUCGUGACCUAAAUAUGAAUAUUAAUCUCUUAAUACAUAAUAAUUAAGCAAUACGGAACAACAUUAAUAUUUUUAUAAUUCAUGGUAUUAUGGUCGAAUAUGUGGAUAGAAAAUACACAAAACGUUGUAAUAUUAAAUGUAUAUUUAAUAUAACUAUAACAAAUAAACAGAUGCUAGCAGAAUGUCAAUUUACUACAAUAAUGAUUAUAUAACUAUAAUAAAUAAACAGAUGCUAGCAGAAUGUCAAUUUACUACAAUAAUGAUAAUACAAAACUACAACAUAUUACUUACAAAAGGUUGCUACAUGUUACACAACAUUUUACUUACAAGGCCCCAGCCCUUUGGCUGGGGUUAAGUCAGAGCUGGUACUACAUCUUAGGUUCAGUCAGGUACAGGCAAAAGAGACAGAGUUUUCUCCUCCAUCUGGUUUUAUUCAGUGUAAGUAGGCUGGCCUGUGAUGUCACUGCCAGAAGCACAUGUCUUCCUACACACUCCCCCUAGUGGUGCCCCCAAAGCAUUACACUAAAUAUGCUUUCUUUAUGAUGAAAAGUCAUUAAUUAAUAAAUACCAUUACAAACCACCCUUUGACUUAUGUCAUAAAACAAGCAUUUAUAAAACCAGUACAUUUUGAAUCUUCCCCAUUUUAACACUACCUGCCCUACAACAAAACCCACCUUUUGAAGAACGAUACCCAUUUACCCAUUAAUUAUUACCCAUUAACAUUUUAUUGCUUAUAUAAAUGUUCACCAUUGAGCACAUGCAUUACCAGUUGGGAAAUAGGCACAUACCCACCCUUAUAAUAAUGAACAACUCAAACCAUGUUUUAUUAGAUUAACCAAUGAUAUUGUGUUCAUGUGAGGAUGUGUUUUGGAGCUUAAUAUAGUAUUAGACACCACAAACUCAUAACACCUAUGAAUCAUUGCAUAGACCGACUCGAUUUCUGUAGCCUUUGGCUGGUCUGUGUGCCUGGAAUUUUCACAAACAUUAGUCCUGGAAACUGGAUACUCUAUUCUUCGACAGUCUCAUAGAACAUACGCAUGGAGACAGGGAUGAAUGAAACAGUUCGUGUGAUCGAGGACUUUUGUGUGUUUGUGGUCACAUUGUUUUGUUUUUUUCUUUCUUUAUUCCAUUAACCACCUUGACGUAACAGUUUCCUGCUCCUGAUGCAUUUUGUUCCGACUCUCACCACUCUUAGCUGCAAUAUUUUUUCUCCUUACAGCAACAGUUGAGCAUAGUGUCCAGUGCUGCUUCUUCUUCUGCUUAAAAUAUCCUUGCUUGAAAGUUCUUGAAUGAAAACACAGGCAAUGACGAACACAAACAUAAAUAAUAACUGUGCCAAUCAUCACAAGUACCAUUUGAUUGUGGUGUCUUAACCAUAUUUUUUCCUAUGGCGUUUGGAUAAAUACCUACACACCUCUCUUCACAUCCAGCACACUCCUGAUUCACAGAUAAACACAAUAUCACUGCUGUAUCUACCAAUUUAACCCAAACACUCGUUAUUACUGUUGCAUUUACCAAUUUAAUCUAAACACUCGUUAUCACUGCUGUAUUUAACCAAUUUAAUCUAAACAUUAACCAAAACAAUUACAUUCCUAUUUACCACCCUUCUAUUUAAACAUGUAUAGAUAACCCAAAAUGCCUACUUUCUCUUAUCCCUCUUAUCAUUCUUCCGUUUUUGUUUUGUUUUGUUUUUAACUGCAACCACUCAUGCACUUUACACAGACACAAAUCAAGCACCUACUGGACAAUGGGGUUCCCUCGUUAGAGCCCUCCCACCCCAGUUUGGUUUACACAAAAAUACCCCCUGGUCCCUAUUGGUCAAUUCCCCCCUUUCCCAGGCAAGCAUACAUACAACAAUAAUACAUAAGGGUUUCAAUUGCAAUACAAUCACUAGAAAUAAGAGAAUAGUAUGCACAAAAUCAUAGCAUAGACAUGUUAAAUAGACAAUAAAAUAAAACAUUCAAUAGCUCAUCAAAGGUCAACAUUUAAACACUGGUCUCCAUCUGAUAUUCUAUCUGUGUUCCAAUGUCCACCUCUGGUUUCUGCUACAUCUGAAAAGGUUAGGAAACAGAUCAGGAUUACUUUCCUAAUCACUUAUAGCGUAUACUGCAAAUAUUUUACUUAGAAUAUAUAUAUAUAUAUAUAUAUAUAUAUAUAUAAAUAUAUAUAUAUAUAUAUAUACAUACAUAUACACACACAGACAUGUAAACACAUUCCUUCAGCUUUUAAUUUUAUAAACAAUUUUUUUCAACAAGAUAACUUUCUUAAUUUUUUUAUUUUUUUUAUUUUUUUUUUACAAGGCUCUUAAAAAACAAUAAGCUAAUAGCUGCUUUCUGCAUCUUCUCUGCAAUUCAGGAAACACAUUUCUAGCCAACCUAAACAUGUUUAAUAACUCUCCACCCUUUGGUUAAAUUAUAGAGGAGUGAACCACAACACCUCUUCCGCCUCGGAAAGGAUAUAAGUCAAUAUGUCUCAAAGUUCAACACUAUGAGCUAUGAGUGACUCCCUAUUAAUUUCUAGCCUUUCCACGGACAUGCUUGCACCUCGCGGCUAAGGGCCUGCACAACUAACCACCCUGUGAUGGCAGUGGCUUUCCGCAUGGGGGUGACCGCCCCCGCAAAAUUAUAGAGGAGCAAACAUACAGCAGCCUCUUUUCCGGCUCGAUUAAAGGUUCUGGGACAAUAUGUCUGCAAUUUAACCAGUACACUCACGUAUCACUUAUUGUAUAUUUCCUGGUCUCUCAGGAAUUUCUAUUAAAUAGCGUAUCCCCUUCCCAGGGCAAUAUACAACAAAAACUAGUCACCAAGGAUCUCUAUGGUCAUGAUAGGCCGCCCUACCACUAGUGUAAUACGCCCUUUUUUUAAAAUAUAUUUCCUGGUCUCUCAGAGAUUUUGCCUAUCCCUUUCCCAGAGCAAUAUAUAUAAACAAUUACAAAUAAGUUACAAAACGCUACUUAUAAGUAAUAAAGGGUUUCAAAUAAUAAUACAGGAUAGAACUGCACAACAACUAUUGGGUAUGCUCCCCCUUAUCCGGACAUGUUUAAAUACCCCCUAGCUCAGGUUCCCCACUCGCUACUGUAACUAAAAUCACAGCCCUUGUUAUGGAGGUUCACCCGCUAGGCAGAUACACCCUAAGUCAAAGCAUGGAAAUAUUAAAAUCAGUUAUAGAUGGCUUCUAAAAUAAUAUAAAUCUUAAUCUGAGCCCCUACACUUACUUUGUUAAAAAUGCUAACUUGUUAAAAUAUUCAGACUAAAUAGGACAAAGGAAUUAUUUUACCAUUUUUUCAGUUAAUUUGUUACCAGUUCCUGCAUAUGUCCAGUAAUUCCUUAGUCCUGGAUAAUAAAGCUGAAAAACACUGCACAAAUUGAUUAGUUUAGGCAAUUACAUUUACAAAACAAUGCAGUUUAUUUUUUCUCAUACAGGCAAGACUACCCACCCCCAACAAGGACAAAUUCUCCCCCAGCUGUAGCUGAAAAGCAUGGUCACACAGCUGUUAAAAAGGUGGUCUCUCCUUCAUGAGUCAAAAUCAUAUAUAUAUUUAUACUAAAAUUCUGUGUAUACGCACACAUAAAUCUAUUAUUCACUGAAUCUGCUUUACUAAACAUAUCUUUUUCUUAACUACUAAUUUACUAGACAAAUCCAUGAAUGCCAAACAAAUGUAAAUUAGUACACAAACAGGGUCAAAUUUUGCAAUAAAACCUGGUGAACUAGUUUAGUGAAAAGUCUUUUCCUAUGCAAAUGGUAGCAAACAAUAAAACUAGGCCUCAACUCAUUCACAUCAUGUGGUCAAUGGUGGAUUAAAAUCCACAUGGUCAGACAAAAGGUAAAGUAUAUAUAAGUUUUCUCCUAUAUACAAAUGACCAAAGAUUGGUAACAAGCAACACAAUAAUUCAUCACUAUGUUCUACAACAAGAUACCUUAAAAACAAAUAUCUAAUCCCUAUCUGCUAUCUGCAUUCAUUCCAUUAAAACCAAAUCAUCAUUCAUUUAUUCAUUUGUAUACAGACAGACAAUUUACUGUAUUAUUUAAGCAAAAUGCAUAACAUUUAUAUUUUCCCCAAUAUUCAAGCAUAAUCCUGCCGACUACGCCAAAUGUUGUGGUCGUGACCUAAAUAUGAAUAUUAAUCUCUUAAUACAUAAUAAUUAAGCAAUAAGGAACAACAUUAAUAUUUUUAUAAUUCAUGGUAUUAUGGUCGAAUAUGUGGAUAGAAAAUACACAAAACGUUGUAAUAUUAAAUGUAUAUUUAAUAUAACUAUAACAAAUAAACAGAUGUUAGCAGAAUGUCAAUUUACUACAAUAAUGAUAAUACGAAACUACAACAUAUUACUUACAAAAGGUUGCUACAUGUUACACAACAUUUUACUUACAAGGCCCCAGCCCUUUGGCUGGGGUUAAGUCAGAGCUGGUACUACAUCUUAGGUUCAGUCAGGUACAGGCAAAAAGAGAGUUUUCUCCUCCAUCUGGUUUUUAUUCAGUGUAAGUAGGCUGGCCUGUGAUGUCACUGCCAGAAGCAUAUGUCUUCCUACACACUCCCCCUAGUGGUGCCCCCAAAGCAUUACACUAAAUAUGCUUUCUUUAUGAUGUAAAGUCAUUAAUUAAUAAAUACCAUUACAAUUAGUCCCUAGCCUCAUCUUAUAGUUAGGAUAGCCUUAUGCCUAUACCACGCAUGCUCAAACUCCUUUACUGUGUUAAUCUCUACCACUUCAGCUGGAAGGCUAUCCCAUGCAUCUACUAUCCUCUCAAUAAAGUAAUACUUCCUGAUAUUAUUUUUAGUUUGCCCCUCUAAUUUAAGAGCAUGUCCUCUUGUUGUGGUAACUUUUCUUCUUUUAAAUAUAGUCUCCUCCUUUACUGUCUUGAUUCCCUUUAUGUAUUUAAAUGUUUCUAUCAUAUCACCCCUGUCUCGUCUUUCCUCCUGAUGCAAUCCAUGAGCCAGUUUAGUAGCCCUUCUCUGAAUUCUCUCUAAAGUAUCAAUAUCCUUCUGGAGAUACGGUCUCCAGUACUGCGUACAAUACUACCAAGUGAGUUCUCACCAGUGUUCUGUACAAUGGCAUGAGCACUUCCCUCUUUCUACUGCGAAUACCUCUCCCUAUACAACCAAGCAUUCUGCUAGCAUUUCCUGCUGCCUACCUUUAAGCCACCAGAAAUAAUAACCCCUAAAUCCUUUCCCUCAGAUGCUGAGGUUAGGACUCUAUCAAAUAUUCUGUACUCUUGCACUUAUCCACAUUAAAUGUCAGUUGCCACAGCUCUGACCAUUUUUAUAGUUUAAAUCAUUUGCCAUUUGGUGUAUCCCUCCUGGAACAUCAACCCUGUUACAUAUCUUAGUAUCAUCAGCAAAAAGACAUACCUUACCAUCAAGACUUUCUGCAAUAUCACUAAAAAAAAUAUUAAAGAGAAUGGGUCCAAGUACAGAUCCCUGAGGUACCCCACUGGUGACAAGCCCAUGCUUCGAUUAUUCAACAAUAUUGGAAUCCAAACCUAAAGAUUGCAAUUUAUUGAUCAGCCUUCUAUAUGCACCAUUGUCAAAAUCCUCACUGAAAUCUAUGUAAGCAAUGUCUACUGCACCACCCUGAUCUAUUAUUUUAGUUAACCAAUCAAAAAAAGCAAUAUGAUUAGUUUGGCAUGAUCUCCCUGAAGUAAUAGAAGUCACAAGAAAAACAUUUUGCCCUCUCUCCUGCUUACCAAUUUCAUACCUCUUUGGGUCAGACUAUUGUAGGUAAUCAGGUUAGGUACUUAACAAUGUACCGCAUGUGCAAGGUUCUCCCUGAUUUGCACUCACCCCUUUAUCCAAAAUAUGGAUGCAAUGAAUAACCGUAGUUCAGUCAUGUAAGCUAUAGUGAUUCUCUCUCUCUCUUUUUUUUUUUUCUUUUUUAAAGAUUCUUUUUUGUUAUAAAGGGUACAGAAAAAAAGAAAGAGGGGCAUGUACAAACAUAAAAUACAUGUAUUUAUAUAUGAAUACAUUAUAAUGUGAAAUCUGUUCAUCUAGACCUGAUAGACGUAUGGAAUAUUGUUACUGUGAAAUACUAGAACAAAAAUCCUUCAUUUUUUAAUUGAACAUUGUUUUGAAUUUUUUUUGAGAACUGUUCAAUAAAAACUCUUAAAAAUGUAUCCUCUUACCUUGUAGGGGUUAUUCAUAUAUAAAGAAAUUAUUAAUAUAUCAAUGAUUAUUAAUAUGAAGAAUAAUAUUUACUUCUGUGCUUGACCGAAAUAUAUCACUCUGAUUCAUCCCAUGGCCUAUGUAUAUCGGCAAAAAAUAAGUGAAGGGAAAUCCCAUCUGCCUUUUAUCCCUUUAAUCAAUAUUGUAUCCAGGGGUCCCAUAUCUUCAAAUAUUGUUUUUUCUUACCCUGGGUCGACCAAUGAAGUCCUCCAUUUCCCUCAUAACCUUGACUCUUUCCACCCAUUGUUUGACUGAUUCUGUUGCCAAUAGGCAGAAAUAAGUGCGUUGGCUUCGCCAAGGAGUAGCCCCAAUAGUAUUUAUCUUUGUGCUGCUAUGUAUUGGGCCACCCCAACAAAAUCUGAGGAAGGGUAAGUGUUAAGGGCAGUGGAAUAAUCUCAUUAGUAGUGGAAAUGACUCCUUUCCAGAACUCUGAUAUUCUGGCAGAACCACCAGACGUGCUCCAAGUCUCUCACACCCUCUCCACAUCUCCAACACCUAUCACUGAUUUCAGGGUAUAUAUAGUGUAAUUGGACCGGGAUUGUAUACCACCUAGUAAUGCAUUUAUAAAAAGAUUCCCUUUUCAUCGAACUCACCAAGACUGUCAUCACCCUUUUAAAAAUACAUGUCCAGUCUUUAUCCGUAAGAUGUAUAUUAUUAUUAUUAUUAUUAUUAUUGCCAUUUAUAUAGCGCCAACGGAUUCCGUAGCGCUUUACAAUAUUUUGAGAGGGGGGGUGUAACAAUAAAUAGGACAAUUACAAGAAAACUUACAGGAACGAUAGGUUGAAGAGGACCCUGCUCAAACGAGCUUACAGACUAUUGGAGGUGGGGUGUUUGAAACAUUAGGACAAUAAAUAUCAAGUAGGAGUGAAGCAGAGCUGGAGGAGAGAGCAAAGCACUGUCCCAUAGGAGAGAGCAGGAGGCAGGUAUGUAAGGUAGAGAUUACUCUGGGAGGCCAUAAGCUUUCCUGAAGAGAUGGGUUUUAAGGCCCUUCUUAAAUGAUUGAAGACUAGGGGAGAGUCUGAUGGCAGUAGGCAAGCUAUUCCAUAGGAGAGGAGCCGCCCGCGAGAGGUCCUGCAAGCGCGAGUUGGCCGUACGGGUGCGAGCAGCGGUCAGGAGGUGGUCACGGGCAGAGCGGAGGGUACGUGGAGGGGCAUAUUUAUGGAUCAGUGAAGAGAUAUAAGCGGGGCUAGAACUGUUCAGUGCUUUAAAUGUAUGGGUUAGUACUUUGAAUUGACUCCUAUAGCAUACAGGGAGCCAAUGUAAGGACCGGCAGAGGGGUGAGGUGUGAGAGGACCGACUAGAGAGGAAAAUCAGUCUAGCUGCAGCAUUCAUUACAGACUGUAGCGGGGCAAUACGGCUUUUGGGGAGACCAAUCAGGAGAGGGUUACAGUAAUCCAUGCGGAAAUUACUAGAGCAUGGACAAGCUCCUUGGUAGCAUCUUGCGUAAGAAAGGGGCGAAUGCGGGCUAUGUUUUUGAGUUGGAACCUACAGGACUUGGCAACAAACUGGAUGUGAGACUCAAAGGUGAGACCAGAGUCAAGUAUGACGCCAAGACAGCGUGCUUGCAGGGAUGGACUUAUGUGGAUAUCACUGACUUGAAGGGAGAGCGAGAGAGGAGGAUCAGUAUUAGGAGGAGGAAAGACAAGGAGUUCAGUUUUAGAGAGGUUAAGUUUCAGAAAGCGUGAAGACAUCCAGUCAGAGAUGGAAGAAAGGCAAGCAGUGACACGUUGCAGGACAGCAGGGGAGAGGUCCGGGGAGGAGAGGUAUAUCUGAGUGUCAUCAGCGUACAGGUGGUAGUGGAAUCCAAAAGAGGCAAUCAGUUUACCAAGAGAGGCGGUAUAAAGAGAAAAUAGAAGGGGACCAAGGACAGACCCUUGGGGAACUCCAACCGAGACAGGAUGAGGGGUGGAGCUAUUCUUGGAAAAGGAGACACUGAAUGAGCGUUGGGAGAGAUAGGAGGAAAACCAAGAGAGGACCGAGUCACAGAGACCGAGCGAUUGAAGAGUUUGAAGGAGGAGAGCAUGAUCAACGGUGUCAAAGGCAGCAGAGAGGUCAAGGAGAAUUAAUAUGGAGUAAUGACCUUUGGAUUUAGCGGAGAUUAGGUCAUUAGUCACUUUGAUAAGAGCAGUCUCAGUAGAGUGGAGAGGGCGGAAGCCAGACUGAAGAGGGUCAAGGAGAGAGUUGGAAUUAAGGAAGCGGGACACACGGGUAAAGACAAGCCUUUCCAAAAGCUUUGAUGAGAAAGGGAGCAGGGAUAUGGGACGAUAGUUAGAAGGGGAGGAUGGGUCAAGAGAUGGUUUUUUCAGGAUAGGUAUUACAGUGGCAUGUUUAAGGUCAGCAGGAACAGUGCCAGAAGAGAGAGAGCAGUUAAAGAUGUGUGUUAGGGUAGGCACAAGACAAGGGGAGAGAGAUCUGAUGAGGUGAGAUGGGACAGGAUCGAGCGGGCAAGUGGUGGGGCGAGAGGAAUGGAGAAGCGCAGCCACCUCUUGUUCAGUAGCUGGGUAGAAAGUCUGGAGGGUAGGGAAAGCAAGAUUUAUAUGUGGUUGAGAAAGAGAACGGCAAGGAGGGGAGAAUUGUUUCCUUAGCUGUUCAAUCUUGUCGGUAAAGUAGCAUGCAAAGCUAUCAGCUGUAAGGUUAGUUUGGGGGGUGGCCACAGCAGGGCGGAGAAGGGAAUUAAAGGUGUCAAAGAGACGUCUGGGAUUGCGGGAGCAUGAACUAAUGAGAGAGGAAAAGUAUGACUGUUUGGCGAGGGCGAGGGCUGCGCUGUAUGAAAGCAACAUGAAUCUAUAAUGGAGAAAGUCUGCCUGGGUGCGGGACUUCCUCCAGGAGCGUUCAGCACAACGGGAGCAACUCUGCAGAUAGCGUGUUGAUUUAUUAUGCCAAGGUUGGGGUCGUGUCCUCCUCGAGGUGCAUGUUUUGAGCGGGGCUGCAGCGUUCAAGGCAGAUGUGAGGGUAGUGUUAUAUGUGGAGAUGGCCAGUGAGGGACAGGAGAGGGAAGGGAUGGAUAGCAGUUGUGAAUCAAUGUCAGCUGACAGCUGCUUGAGGUCAAUAGAGUUAAGGUUCCUCCUGAGCUGAGGGGGGUUAGGCUGAGAUUGUUGGGUGAGGGGGUAAUUGAGAGCAAAUGAUAAGAGGUGGUGAUCAGAGAGAGGAAAUGGGGUGUUGCAGAUAUUAGAUAUUGUACAUGAAGAAGAGAAAAUAAGGUCGAGGGUAUUGCCAGCUACAUGAGUGGGAGAAUUAGCCCACUGCAAAAGUCCAAGGGAGGAAGUGAUUGAAAGUAGUUUAGAGGCUGCUGGGGUCAAAGGUGGGUUAAUGGGAAUAUUGAAGUCUCCAAGAAUUAGGGAUGGGAUGUUGGAAGAGAGGAAGUAGGGUAGCCAGGCAGCAAAGUGGUCAAGGAAGAGGAGAGGGGAACCAGGGGGACGAUAGAUUACGGCAAUGUUAGCAGAGAAGGGUUUGAAAAGGCGAAUUGAAUGAAUUUCAAAUGAUGGGAAAGAGAGGGAAGGGGGGGUAGACAGGGUUUUAAAGGAGCAGUGGGGUGAGAGAAGAAAACCUACACCGCCACCUUUAAUCUCCGCUUGUCUUGGGUUGUGGGUAAAGUGAAGACCACCAAAAGACAGUGAGGCAGGUGUAGCAGUAUCAGAGGGAGAGAGCCAUGUUUCUGUUAGUGCAAGUAUGUUUAGGGAGUGUGAGAUAAAUAGGUCAUGGAUGGAAGUAGAUUUAAAGGUGCUGCACACAGAGCGUGCAUUCCAGAGGGCAGCUUUAAAAGAGGAAUUAUAGUGAGAAUUACAUGGAAUGGGUAUUAGGUUGUUGUGGUUUCUGGUGUUUGUACCAGGUGGCUGAGAAGAGGAGGGACCAGGGUUUGGAGAGACAUCACCUGCUGCUAGGAGUAGUAGGAUGGAAAGGAAGAGAAGGUGGGAGUAAGAUUUAAAUGUUGGGGAUGAGAGCUUGUAUUUAGGGUAUUUAGGAGGGGUUUGUGGAGAAAGGCUGGAUAGAUAUGAAUAAAGUGCGUGUGAUGAAUACUGAGAUGAGGGGAGCAGAGAGGGAGCAAUGAAGAUGGUGUUAGCAGGAACAGGUAAGUAAAAUGAUAGAGAGAUUUUAAUGAUGAGGGAAGUGAGAGAGAAAGUGAAAAAUAGAAGUGAGAACAUUAGUAGGAGAGUAGGUGCUGUAUUUUUAAGAGCUGUGGUUAGGAGGGUUAAGGGUUAAAGAGGUAUUGAGUGAGUAUAGCUUUUUUUGGGUGUGGAGGGCUUGGUGGACAGAGGCUAACAUAAUUGGUUCAGAGGAAUGGUAGGUAAUUUGAACUAUCUAUAAAUGUAGUGAUAACCAUGGGGAGGGUGGGGUGUGGGGUAGGGUGGGUGGGAAGCGAUCAUCCAGAAAUGCUACCUCUGCUUAUGGCAAGUCCUGCAGGGUUGUGUGCUGGGAGUCCUGGGUGUAGCUGAUUCAAUAUUGUAUGGGGCCCAGGCUAUAAAGGAGAGAAUCUGGGGUUAGAUAAAGCAGAUUGUGGGUGGAGAAUCAUUGGGGUGUUAAAAACAAAAAUCAAGGAAAAAACAGAUGAAAGGGAAUUUAAAUUUAAGGAUAUGAGGGAAUGGCAGAGAUAAGAUAGGUAAAAGUCAUAAAUAGGGAACAUCAUAAAUUAAUGAGGCAUAGAGUGCAACAACUAACACUAACAAAACAAACAUGUAACUAAACAAGAGUUAAAGGAUGGAGGGUGCAAUAGUCAUCAAUUAAGCAGUAAUACUGUGGGGGGUGGAUAAAGAAAGAAAUACAGUUUAUAACAAAAGUAGGAGAAAUAAGAAGUCCAGGUAUUCAAGAUGAUCAUCCAGAAAUGCUACCUCUGCUUAUGGCAAGUCCUGCAGGGUUGUAUAUGUAGUCCCUGCAUCUAUUUUCUCUCACUAACAGACAUCCUAUCCACCAUCAGCUGCAGACAAAAUUAUAUGGUAGAUUUUAGAUAAUGUGCCCCUAGAUAUACUCCCCUGGCAAAUGUGUCAAUUACAAAGUAUCACAUCAAAAACACAUUCUUUUAUAUAUAACAUUCUGACAAAAUGUAGACAACAUAAGAAUCAUUGGAGACUCUCACCAGGAAUAUCUCCUCUUUUUCCAUUAGCAAACAACCCCGACUUUCAGGGAGGCAAUGAAGCGAUGACAUUGGUACGAUGGAGUAGUAAACCCCAAUUUAAGAGUAGUACUGACAGAAGAAGUUAUACCCAAAAUGGUUAACUUUAAGAACUCAAAUACAUUAUUAGAUAUAAUGAGAUAUAAACUAAAAAGUUUCUUACAGAGGUCAGUUAUUCCAUAUUGACGACUUUGGGAAAAGACUCCCUUUGACGUUUUAUCUAGCCGCACAGGUGACAAUUCACACUCAUUAUAGUGUUUAUCUCAUUCUCAGGAAUAGUCUCUUGCAUGGCAUGUGGACAUUCACACAAUAAAUCUGGAGUUUUCUCCAGAACAAAAACAGCCUUCUAUUUGCACCAUUGUAGUUGUGCCAUAUUCUUUUUAUUUUUUAAUAAGGGCUUUAGCAGUGUUAGAUCUCAAAAUAUGUGGAUUAGAUAUCCGUAUUGAAAAGUUCAUCAACUAUGCCUCACAUUCUGAACUAAAAUUUAAUGGGCUAAAAGUUACACAUAUUUUAAAAUAAAACAUAGAAAUAGCAUUCAACUCCACAAUUAAGCAACAGCUCAUCAAGUAUAUGCCUUGAGAAUGGAGAACACCAUCAGCUAAGCAUUGACCGUGGUCUCAGGGAACCCUCUGAUCCUCACAUUGCAGGCUUUUGCCCUAUCUUCCACAUUGGGCAGAAGUGCAGUUAAUUCUGUGUACUGUUUCUGUACGGAGAAAAUGGUUGGAUAUCUUAUAGUUUGUGCCACUGAAACGCUCCCCACAUCCUUCUCCACAGCUACUAUACAGCUAGUUAACAUAGAUACCUACUCCAUGACCAUCACUAGGUCCUCAUAGAACAUGGCUUUGAUAUCUUGCAACAGGGCCUUAAUAUCUGCUUUGGUUAAAGGAAUGUUUUAUUUUUAAUUUUUUAUUAUAAGCGGUGUAUAUGCUUUUUGAAAUCUCAUUUUCAUAACUUAUUCAAGAGUAAUAACUAUUCAGAUAUUGACAAGAUCAAAAAUUAUCAUUGUGAUAUUAGUAGAUUAAAAAAGACUGAUCUUUGCCUCUUUGUUUUCAACUACAAAACAAAGACUUAAAACCGUUUUGUUUCCUGUUGCUAUUAUAAAAUGUAUAUGUGCCCGGAGGCUGAGCCUGACCACUAAACUGAUCGGACAUGUAUAGCUUAAGCUCCUGCAUUUCUUGCUGAAAAUAGACUUUAUGAGCCUGAAUAUGGGUCUUAUUUGCUCAGUCUUUGAUAUAUCCACAAAAGGGGAGCCUGAGCUCAUACUUUUCUUGCGGCAUGCUGGGGCCUGGACUGAGGAGAGGUGGCCGAUCUUCUUGUGCUAGAGCCCUACACUAAUACUUAAUAUAUUUUUAUUACAUUAAAGGACUAAUAGGCCCAUUGUGAUCUUUUCCUCUGUUGCAGUUGUCAAGCCUCUUGGGGACAUGAAGACUGAAGAUGACAUUGAUUUUCAACUUUUUCCUCCCUCAAUCCUUCCCACAUGUUCAGAGUAUGGUGACACAUUACAGGGAUCUAUGGAACAACUUGCAAAAGGUCUGGAAACCGGAGUUGUACUCAUUCAAUUCGAGGUAAUCCAUAAUAUUGAUUUAGUUUGUUUAUACUCUGUUUUGGUAUUGAAGUGGUUAAUGUCAAGAGCGUUAACAUCCAGACUCUUUUCAAAGAAAUGAGACGUAACAUGGAUGAUUCUAAUAACGAAAGGACCAGGUUAACAUCACAACUGUGGUGAUAUUAAGGUUGAGGUGGGUGUUUCAUAUGAAUAUCCCUCAUUAGUUUACAAUCAAGGGAUGCUUCUCAAUAGGCAUAUUAUCAACAAAUGAAUGGUUAGCCGAAAUACAUGAGUUGUAGACUUCUGUAGUCUCUCCUUUGGUCAUUACAUAAAAAUAGAAAAUGUGUUAAUUCUGGAAUAGUGUUAUGUUUGAGAUCCAAAUCCCUUUCCAUGCAUCAACCAGCUCAUAUUUUUUAAGCUGUUCAGUCAUGUUUUUGCCAGUAGCAAAUGGGGGAAAGGUGAAAUUUCUUCAUUUGGAUCAGUCAUGUAAGAAUGUGUCUAAAUCCAAAUUUUUUGGAUCGUCUCUAGCUGAAAAACUUUGGCAAUUGGCAAUUUAAACAUGACAUGAAGAGACCUAUUUAUAACUGUCCCCAAAUCUGAUUGAUUUAUUGGAAUAAUGGUUCAUGAAGUUUCCAAUCACUCCAGUUCCAUUCUGCUAUUGCAUUACACAGACCUGUUAAAUAUUCUGCCUUUCAGGCUAUGCCUCAGUCUAUACAAAAUUAUCAAAAAUCCUUGGGCAAAUUUGCUAGGUCCUUGGAUGUCAUGCCCCAUAGGUGAUUUAUGUAUUGGACUGUUAAAAUGUUGUCCAUACAUAGUAAAAUGCAACAGUUGAUUUUAUUUUUCACCAGACUACUUAAAGCAAAUGUUUCGGCUAAUAAUUCCAGACACUUGCAUCAGAUUCUAUGGUGAUGUCUGAGGUUGAUCUGAAUAUGGCUUUCCCACUCCAUGCAUCCACAUGAUCCAUCCACCCAAAUAAAUUUGUACUGAAUACGAAAAGUCCUUGUUGGAGAUAUCUCACUGUCAUCUGAUGAGCUCCAAUAGGGAUCUCCAUGGAUGUCAUGAAGGGGAAAAUGUGAUCUGUUUGGAAUAAUUGGGGUUGAUUCUUCCUCUUGUUGAUGAAUAAAAACCUUUGUGUCCUUGUUUGGAUUUAUAAACAUGGCCACAAAGGUGGACCCAACUGCUUCCGACCUUCCCAAAAUUGCAAUGUGAAAAACUUUUUUUUUUCUUUUAAAAGUGGAACUGUUGUACUUUAUCUAAUGAAGAAAAUACUCUCAUAUAAUUUCCAAUAUGUUUAAUAAAGUCUUCACCAAACAACCUGCAGAGUUUCCUUGUUCUUCAGUGCAUUAACUGCAGGGGAUGUUUAACUAGAACUGCCCAUCUCCUUUCAGAAGCAAGUGCAAGAUUUUCACUGAUAAAUAAAGAAAUGACUAGUUGGAUCCAUCCUCUCAGAAUAUGGGUGUCUACUUGUUAUCCCAGUUUAAUGGCAUUUUCAGAUAGAUUAAAAUUGGGGCCAGUCUGAUCCAUUAGUCUGUACUGUCAACUCUUCAAAGAUCUAAAGACCUUUUUUGGGGGGCCCAGCUCCAGAGAGUCAAGCAAGCUUUAUUUGGGAGGGAUGGUUUAGAACCCUGUUUGUCCUUAUUUUAUUAUGAGCAACCUUAUCAAGGGGUUUUCACUGUUGCACGUGCAUGCAAUGGCUCGUGCACGCAAGUGCACGUCUGGAGCUGAGCAGUAGUCUGAGGUCUGCGAGAGAGGGGAAGGUUGGCAUGCUGAAGUAGAGCGUGCCUGCCACUUCCGUUAGCUCUGGGGAGCUAACGGAAGUAGGAAGGAAUCCUCCCUGUCUGUUUGACAACCAGGGGGGAGUUCCCUAGGUAAUUUAUAAAAGUGCUGUUUUCUCAUAGAAAUCAUUUGAACUUGGGUACUCCUCACCCAUAAAACAUUUUAGUAAGCUGAAGUGCUUUUGGGGUGUGGAGUUGUCCUUUAACACCAAUCUGCAACAAAUGUUUAUACCUCUGCACACCAGGGUGUGCUACCCAUAGUGGCAAAGUGCUACCCAUAGUGGCAAAAACAAAGAAUAGGGUUAUUAACACUGUUUUUUAUGUGACUUCACGCCCUACUGAAGAUAUACUCAUUUUCCUGUUCAUCUCUAUUAUUUCAUUUUAAGCAAUCCCCACAGCCCCCCUCUGUUUAUUUUUUUUACAUGUUCCAUCCCCCUUUAAAUGAAGUCUGCGUGGACAGCAACAACAGCUGUUGCUAGUUUUUAAUUUUAGAGAGCAGAUGCUACUGCUGGCUUCCUACUGUUUAGAAAACAUACAUGUAUUAUACCUCCCUUAUACUAAUAUGGGGGAAUCAUAUUAACCCCCAUAGGCUUAUUUCAAUUUAUUUAUUUUAAAAAAAUACUAACACGGUAGGUAAAUUGUUUGCGAUGCACGUUUUAUGGCGGUUUUAUCUCGGUCUACUAACACUUUUAUUGAGUGUGGCUGCUUUAAUAUUGUCUGGCAUUAGAUCUAGCUGAAGUUCCAAAAUAUUGGAUUAAAACAGUCGACAAUUAUUUAUUAUUAUCAGCCAAUAGAGUUAAACUGAGGCCAUUGUAUCUAACAACUGCGUGCUGGAGUGUCAGUUUAAGCAAAACAAAAGCUAGAAAUGUCUAGCCAUUUUAAAACUUUGGUGUGUAAAAAACAAAACAUUCAUUUAUUGUAAGCGGUGUAUAAUGUUAAUGAUCUUACAAUGUUUUACUACUUAUUAUUAUUAUUAUUAUUAUUGAAUUUUGUGUAUUCCAGCAAUUAUAUCGAAAAAAGCCUGGGCUUGCUAUUACCUGCGCUAGAACGGGUCAAAAUAUGGAGAAAAAUAGAUACAAAGAUGUUUUACCUUGUGAGUAUUUAUUUAACUAAAAAUGUGUGGCUUUCUAUAGAAUGUUGAUAAAUGUGUAUUAUAUUUUCAAAAAUAAACUUCUGUAGUUUGACAUCAUUGUCCUAAAGGGUCACAGCCAAUGCAGCUCAAUGUAAUGGUUAUGCUACCUAGAAUGCUCUGGCACAUCUCUUAAUUUAAUAUCAAACACUUGAAAAAACUAUUUUAUAUAAACCAGAGCUUUUACAGCUCCCAGGAACCCCCAGUCACACUGAUAAUGUAGAAUUAACACUUCUGCAUUAUUGGUGUCCAUUUUGUCAAACUUGAAUGAUAGUCAUUGGCUGAGAGUGCCGGGUGUGGGUUGGCCUACAGAAUAAAAUCAAUUACUCUAGUGGUUAUGGUGCUUAGAGUGCCCCGUUAAAGUUGAUAACAGAAAGUGUACAUACUCACUAUAUCGGAAAGCAGCUGGCUGCUAGGGUUCUAAUCCGUGAAAAUAAAAACUGCCUUGCCAUACCCUGAUGGGCUUGGCUGAGAGAACAAGCAUUUACCAACAUUUGUAACAAAUUGUUAUUAAAAUGUUUGGAUAAUGGCCAUUUUUGUAUAUGACUGAUUCAGGUCACUGUGAAAUGUAGGCCGUCACAUGAAACAGGAGUAUUGUGUAAAGUACACUUACUAUAGGGCAGAAAUAGACAAACUCUUACAUAUCUCAUCAGCUUGAGAAGGGAGAUUAGUGUAUGGUAGUUGUUUUUGUUUUUUUUUACGUUUGCAUUGUAACUAAAUUGUAAAAUGUAGGCUAAAAUAAUAAACAAGUUGUGAUUAUAGCAAAGAUGGAGAAUUUUUCAAAUCCUGUUUUUAUUGCCUAAUUUUUUACAGUAAAUUAUAAUUUGAUAUUUAAUGAAUACACCCAAUGGAACCUUUAUGGAAGAGCUUGUUAUGUAAGAUAGAACUUUACUAGUUAAUAUCUAAGAUAUAAAUCACAAACCAAUUGGAAUUAAAACCACACAAAUUGCAAAUAACUGUCCGAUCACUCACUGAAAGCAAUAAAUGAAUGUGAAGUUGUGCUAAGAGAAAACUAGUGACUCUGCAUUAACUUUAAGCAGAAUCGUUUUCUCCAUAUGAAAGUCUUAUGUACUUUAUUUUUUACCCAGUGAUAAAAAAAAACAAAAAAACAUUUGGACAGUAUUUACCAUUCACUUUUAUUGGCUGCCGGGAAUAAUUACAGCUGUUUCAGUGCUGUAAAGUAAACCUUUCAUUGUCCGUGUAUGUCAGUGCAGAUUUAAUUGAAGGCUAUUUAUUGUUUCCUUCCUGCAGAUGAUGCCACCCGAGUGGUUUUGGAUGGAAGUGAUGACUACAUAAAUGCAAGCUAUGUAAAUGUAAGUAACACACAAUCUUACAACUAAACUGCACUGUGCUGUGUCUUUUAUUAGACACUCUGUUUAACAUUCACUUACCCUGGAAGUUAUCUAGUAGUAUGUUAUUUAUUAUUAUUUAAUGUGAAAUUUAGUGGUUAUAGAAGAAGGUAGUGAUAUAAACAUGAUUUAAAGGGUUACUCCAACCAUUAUAACCACUACAGCCUGCUCUGCUGGUCGUGAUGAUAGGAAUACCCUUGCCCAGGUUUCUGGUAACGGGACAAGAUGUUUUGUAACAGUUUCCCCUCCUACCUGGAUACUGCAAGGUUUCUGGUUUUUUUUUGGUUUUUUUUAUUGGAAGGCUUACGACAUCCAGCUUCUGAAGAAGCCAGAUGCUGAUCCUGAUGCUCAUUGGUUGAAAGCAUCAGAGUCUUUGCAUUGAAGUAUGAAAAGAAUUGACUAUAGCCAGCCCAGAUCUUGUUCCAGGCUGGCUACUUAUACCCUAAUGAUGCUGCCAGAAGUGGAGUUGGGCCCCAGCAGCCAAGGGGUUAAACUCUGUAUAGGCAUAGUUUUAUAUUAAAAUGCUAUAUUUCUAUACAGAAUCCAGAAACCAUGGCCACUUUAAAUCACUGAAGUAGUCAUGGUACUUGGAGUAACCAUUUAAAAAAAAUUCAUAAUCAUAUAUUAAUUUCUGUCUUAAAAUUGGAAUACACAAAUUGCUUGUCAACUUAUUUAUAAGAAUUUACCAAGCUUGUUCCCCUAAUAUCCUAAAUUUGCAUUGUUUCCUGACCCAAUCUUUACCAUUGGAUUGCACCUUUUUGUAAGCAGAAUUAUACAUAUCAUUAAAACUUAAUAGCCAAAAGAUGACUGAUCUACAUUUCACAUGAAGCUAGAUAAUUCUAAGUGCAAACUGGUGAUUGUACUCGAGCAGACUUUGUCUACCUUAAAUCAGGGUUAAACUGAACACGUUUUGUGGCAGGUGUCAUGACACAAAUUCCAGCAUACUGUGAACAGUUUGUAUAGUUGAAUCUAUAAAUACAUUUUUUUAAAGUCUGUUAUUACUUUUAAUUCAGGUCCUGGCCGUCAUCUGUUUCAUUAAUCAUCAAUGCCUGUGAUUUGGCUGCAAAUGUAUAUGGACAUUAUGCAUGAUAUUUAUUUUUUUGUAAGACAGUCAUUCCACUCCUAAGUAUUGCACUGUGGCUAAUGGUGGAGUAACUGGGCCUUUGUUAAAGUGAUUCCAUGGACUAUAACUCCAUUUGUUAUUUCAGAACUCUAGAACCAGUGCUUUAAUAAAAUUUGUCUAAAAACAUCUUAUAACCCAAUGUACGUCUUAAUUUAAUACUGGAUACAUUUUCCAAAUGAUUUAAUAUUUUUGGAAAUACUUUAAAAUUAUUUAAUAUUAUACAAAAAUAUUCUGUCAUAUAAAAAGGUCAUAAAUAUCAAAAUCAAUUUUAUAUAUAUAUGUGUGUAUAUAUAUAUAUAUAUAUAUAUAUAUAUAUUUUUAAUAUAUAUAUUGAAAAAAUAUAUAUAUUAAAAGUGAAUCCAAAAAUAAAUCAUUUGGAAAGCUUUUGGAAACAAUAUUAAAUUCAGGAUGUCAUUUCUAUAAAACCAGAUUCUAAAUGCUUGUCGAGUACAUUAAUAAAUUGAAAAAAAAAAGUUAAUCUAUAUCAUUUUGCUUAAAUUCGCCAACAUGUGAUUAAAAAAAUAUAUAUAUAUUUUUUGGGACAGUGUUAAAAUAAAACCUUGCAAUUUGUUAAUUCAAAUUUAAAUUUAUACAGCUACAUAGUAAUCUAGGUUGAAAAAAUGACUCCAUCAAGUUCAACCCGUUAAACCUUUAAUUUCUCACAGAUGGAAAUUCCCUCAUCUGAUAUUAUUAACAAAUAUAUUGCCACUCAAGGACCUCUUCCACAUACCUGUUCACAAUUCUGGCAGAUGGUCUGGGACAAUAGGUUAACAAUGAUCAUCAUGUUAACAACUUUAACGGAACGAGGAAAGGUAGGUAAACAAGAAAAUACAAUGACUUGUAUGUAUGUAUGUGCGUAUAUAAUGUGUCUGUGUGUGUGUGUGUGUGUGUAUAUAUGUAUUUUGGCAUCUUGUCUACUGGACUAAUACGGCUAAUCCAAUUUACACUAUAUACACCAAAAAGGUUAUGGUGGGGAAAAAUUGUGAUUGAAAACCCCUUCCACCUGAAGUCUUUUUGUUUAACAUUGUACUAACUAUCCACAGACUUCAGGUGGAAGGGGUUUUCAAUCACAGUUUUUCCCCACCAUAACCUAUUUGGAUUUUGCUUCCCAAGCACUACCAAGCCUCAAUAAGCAAACCAGUAACCAACCUCAUGCUGAUGAGUUCCAUUAACAACGAAACAGCUGUCCAUGAGUGGUUCACUGGUUUUGCAUCUUUUCCUAAAUUUGUGUUCUAAGCAGUUGUAUACUGCAAACACAGAUUAAAAGGAAUCCAUGUUUAAAAUGGAAUGACAUUUGAUUCUUUGUUAAACUAAUUUGCAUAUGCCCACCCAGAAUCCUUUGCGGUUGUAACAUCACUGCAGAUUUGGGAUUUCUGUGGGAAAAGCAAGUCUUAUGGCUUGACUUGUGUGCAGAUUUUUGUUUAACAUUGUAUUAACUAUAUAUAUAUAUAUAUAUAUAUAUAUAUAUAUAUAUAUAUAUACACACACACAUACACACUUACAUUGAUUUGACUGCUUAAUAUUUACGUCUGUCAUUAUUUAAUUUACAAAUUUGCUAAAUAUCUUAAUUGGAUAAGUGUAAAUUAUAAUACAGAAUAGAAAUUGCAAUAUACAAGUAUCCUAACCAUGUCCAUCUCUUCCUAUACAUAUGCUGUAGAUAAUUUAUUAAAUGUAAAUGUGCAAAGUAAAACAUAGUUGAGAGAUAGAGAAGCUAAAAAAAAAAAAAACAUACCAUGGUGUAACUUUUUCUCUAUAAGCAUCCAGACCACUUCAUCUCAAUCACGGUGUUGGAGUGCCAUGUCCAUGUCAUGGCUAUCGUGUUCUGCAGUAAAGGCAAUGCUUACAUUGCAGGGUAGAAAAGUUUCUAGUGGAUGACACACUGACAAAAUAACUGGGUAAUAGAGACCAUUUAAAUGGUGUACGGUGACAUUUUGCUACUUUUUUUCUAUGGAAAAAGAUUGUAUUGGCUGAGAUCAUCACGAUUGAUUGAUCUCGGCCAAGGAAGCAGGCCAACCGCAGAGAGAGCAACACAGAAUGAGAGAAAAGGUGGAAGAGGGGUGAAAGGGCAUCACCUAAAUGUUGUUCAGAAUGUAUAUUUGUAUUCCUAGUGCUCCUUUAAGAAUUAAAUGCUAGUGAGACACUUGCAAAUGUUCCAUAGGGAAUAACCUAAUAGGAGUUAGCCGAAAGAUUAAUAUUCAAUGUUCUCCUCCAGUUACAACCAUCUUUCAGGUUGUAACCAUGUUGUCAUGGACUAGUCAACAGAGAGUUCUCUAACCUCUGUGUUUCUUGCACAAUGCAUUUCAUCAAGAGUGUCAACUUCAUUGAGGGGCCAAAUAUAUAUUCAAAUCACCACAGCACAAUCUAAAAAGUAAAAAGGAGAAAUAGCUUUUUAAUUGGUUUCUCCUGUUACUGACUAAGUAAGCUUUUCAGUGACUUGGUAGUUAUAAUAUCAAAGUUUAAUCUCACUGCUUUUGGAUUGAUGAACAUCACUAUCCUUGCUCCAUUCUUGCACUAAAAUAGCAAUGAACAAUUAUGAACUAUAAAAUUAUAAUUAGUUAAUAUCGGUCUAAUGACUACUUUUUUUUUUCCAAUAGACGAAGUGUCAGCAGUACUGGCCUGAUCCUCCAGAGGUUUCAGAGUAUGGCAACUUUCAGAUACAGUGUCACUCGGAAGACUGUACUAUAGCUUGUGUUUUCAGAGAAAUACUAAUUACAAAUAUUGAGGUAAGUGCUUAUGGUAUUGCCCUUCUCAUUUACAUUUCAAUAUUUUUUUCUGUUUUUAGAAAUAUCAUUUUAAAAUAUUUUUACUACAAUAUUUAUUGCAUAUGUGAGUGUGCCUGUGUACAGUUUAUAUCAUAGUAUUCUUAUAACCAUUCUUCCAAAAUACAUCAUAUUGACAUAAUUCUUUGUUUGUAGCUUUUAAAUCAAAGCUACGAAAAAGCCUUCCCAUUAUCAAAUCCCAUUAAUUUCAACUAAAUCUCUGAGUGAAUUUGUACACCGUUUGUCACUGUUUCUGCUGACUAAUAAUUAAACAAAUACCCAAAAGGUAAUGGGAACACAAAGUUCCCACUUAGCCGAAUUGAAGACAUAGAAACUAAAAAUCCAGUAAUAAAACAAAAAAUUGUUACAAAAUGCCACUGAAAGUCCACAGGAGGUUUAAUCGGCACAAAACAAAAAGUUACAAACAGGGGGAAUGGUCACACCAAACACGUUUCGGGCCUACAGGUCCUUAGACAUACAAUUAUUGUAUCUAGCCAAACUGUUACUAGUCAGAAACCCUUAGUGGCAGAUAAUACUCUUUGAAAUCAAUUUCUCAGCGUAUAAAAAGGUUAAUAUGGAGCAACAUGACAAUAAAACAUUAAAUCUUCUCCCUUGAUAUGUAGGAAUUAAUCCACUUACUCCCAAAGUUAAGUUAUGUCAUUUAUAUAGAAAGUCUUAAAAUGAAAUGUUCUCGGAUGUUCACUGAUCUUCAUCUCCCAUGACGACCUGUUCUCACCACUGUCAAACUCAUUCGUAAUAUAAUCUCCCUUUAUUUAUUUUCCAUAAUGGACAUAUUAGUUAUGAAAUAUUUUGUUUUAAUGCAUGUGUUCAUUCUGUAACUAUGUAAACCAAAUGUUACUGUAACUUAUAAACAAAACAAUUCCUUACUUUUUAAGGACUUAGUUAUAUUGAAGGAUGGCAAUAGUGCAGAUAACAAUGGCAUGUCUAUGCAUUUAAAAUAACAAUAGUUCAUAAAUAGCACAUGGUGGUAUAGUGUUAUAAAAAAAUCUAAAUGCUUCCUGUCUGUGGAAUGCACCAGGAAAGUGGUCUGGGUGACUAUAGUGUCCCUUUAAGUCUACUACAAUUUGUAGACAAAACCUAUAAGAUAAUGUUGCAGAACAAGAGAUGUAUUACUACUUUAAUUGUAUGUGUCACAGUAUGCAAUACAGUUUAUUGGCUUAAAAAUAGAGUACAAAGAGUUGUCAUUAAUGGUACAUUUUCAAGCUGGACAAAGGUGGCAAGUGGUGUCUGUUCUGGGACCCCUUCUAUUUAACAUGUUUAUAAAUGAUCUUGAAAAAAGCAUUGAAAGUCAUGUUUCAGUGUUUGUAGAUGACACAAAACUGUAAUGUAAUACAAUGUUAGCAAGAUAUUACUUUGCUGCAGAGGGAUUUAGAUAGACUGGGGGACUUGGCACUCAAAUGGCAGAUGAAAUUUAAUGUUGAAAAAUGCAAAGUUAUGCACUUAGGUGUGAAGAAUGCACAAGCAAUGUAUACCCUUAAUGGAAGCAAAUUAGUGAUAACAACACACGAAAAUGACUUGGGAAUUGUUAUAGACAACAAACUAUGCAACAAUGUGCAAUGUCAAUCAGCAGUGGCUAAGGCCAGUAAGGUAUUCUCAUGUAUAAAAAAGGGCAUUCAUUCUCGGGAUGAGAAUAUCAUUUUACCUCUUUAUAAAUCCCUGGUAAGACCACAUAUUGAAUAUGCUGUGCAAUUUUGGGCACCUGUUCUAAAAAAGGAUUUUAUGGCACUAGAAAAAGUGCAGAGGCGGGCUACAGAAUUAAUAAAAGGAAUGGAACAUAUCAGCUAUGAAGAAAGGUUAACAAAUUUAAACCUAUUUAGUUUAGAAAAAUGUCGCCUGAGAGGGGAUAUAAUUACAAAAUACAAAUAUAUUCAGGGCCAAUACAAACCAUUGUGUGGAAAUCUAUUCACAAACCGGCCUUUACAUAGGACACAAGGUCAUGCGUUUAGACUGGAAGAAAGAAGAUUUCGUCUAAGGCAAAGAAAAUGAUUUUUACUGAAAGAACAAUAACGAUGUGGAAUUCUCUGCCUGAAGAAGUGGUUUUACCAGUGUCCAUACAGAUGUUCAAACAGCAACUAGAUGCAUACUUGCAAAAACAGAAUAUUCAAGGAUAUGAUUUUUCAAUGUAGGGUUAUAGCUUCUUGAUCCAAGGAUAAGUCUGACUGCCAUUCUGGGGUCAAGAAGAAAGUUUUUUCCUAGUUUGUUGCAAAAUUGGAAGUGCUGCAAACUGGGGUUUUUUUGCCUUCUUUUGGAUCAACAGCAAAAAACAAAUGUGAGCAAGGCUGAACUUGAUGGACGCAGGUCUCUUUUCAGCUAUGUAACUAUGUAACUAUAUCGCUCUCCAUACAAAUUGUGCAACUAAACAAAGUUGUGUAUGAUUUUUAGUUUUCCAAAUUUCAUUACAGAGGUAUGUACUCAUUACUUUACAGUUGUGAACUUAGCAAAGAUAAACAUUACUGUCAUUUUAUAUCCUGCUGAAAUAUUGUCUGCAAUGUUUUUUGGCUUGUAGUCUUAUUCAAAUAAGAAAAUGUCAUCACUACCACUAACUGCCCAUUAUUGAACCAGACAGGUGAAGAGUUUCCUGUAUCUCAUUUGCAAUAUGUUGCAUGGCCUGACCAUGGAGUUCCUGAUGAUUCAUCUGAUUUCCUGGAGUUUGUGUCAUCUGUAAGACAAAAGCGAAUGAAGAACCAGCCAAUCCUUGUUCACUGCAGGUAGAAUUUCUAAAACGCACAACAUUGUUGGUCUUUGAUUUACAGUCUGUACAGUUGCACUUUACUACAGCUAUGUGUGUUAUGCCACAAUAUAUAUUUUUUUAAUGUCUUAUUUUCUAAAACUAUUGUUCUUGAAUGGAUUACAUUGAUAUAUGGCAAUCUUAGAAGGCAUAGACUUGCAUAAGACAGUGUUCUAAUAAUGAUAUACAGAAGUGGCCAAUAUGUGAUUUGACUUUAUACAAGAGAAAAUUUUGAAAUAUGAAUCCAGCUCAGGAUGGCAAACAUUAUAGAAUGACAUACUGUAGAGCAGUGUUAUCAGAAACUGCUUCCUUUUAAAUUAAUGUGAGUUUUCAGUUGGUGUUCGUCUAGCCAUAUAAUGCAAGCAUAAGCCACUCUUUUUCUUUUUCUCUUUUUAUAGCGCUGGCAUUGGUCGUACAGGUGUCUUAAUAACAAUGGAAACAGCCAUGUGCCUAAUUGAACAAAAUCAACCUGUCUAUCCACUGGAUAUUGUGAGGCAAAUGCGAGACCAGCGUGCAAUGAUGAUCCAGACAUCGGUAUGUUACAGAUGUGUGCAUGAGACCUAUAUGUGUGAAUUGAGUCUUUUAAAUAUCCCAAAUAUGCAAGCAUAGGUACCUAUUUAUAUAUAAAAUCAGAGGUAGGAGCAAUGUUUGUGCUUGCUGAAGGUUUAGAAUUCCAUUCAUAUGGUUAGAAUAGAACAGUAUAUGUUAUAAUUGUAAUCAGUCCUUUAGAACAGUGGUCUCCAAUCUCAGUCCUUAACACACUGCAACAUCCAGGGUUUAGACAUUUCCCAUUUGUGUUCCAAUGGGCAUACUAACAAAACCUGGCUGUUGUGUGUACCUUGGGGAUUGAGUUGGAAAGAAAUGGUUACUGAGAGUUCACUGUACAUUCUGUAUCUGUAUGAUAUUUAGUUCCAACAUGGGAGAGAGAGUUAAGUUGUCAAACUAUGCAAUAUCACACAAACUGUAACAGUAUAUUAAAGAGAUAAAAUUAUAGUGUAUACAUUGGGAUAGCCGGCUGCUAGUAAGCGUAUACACUGGCAGAUAUGUUCUAAUUAAACUUGAUAUCCCGUUGCAGGAUUCUGAUGUGGUGUAUCUGCAUGAAAGUGUUGUAUUAUUAUGCAGAUAACACAGCAUCCAUUGCAAUCUCUUCUGAGAAAGUAUUACAUAACAUAAUUACUUUAAGGUGAUUAGUUCUAGAACUGUUGUGGAUCAGUGUUUUUAUGGAAAAGAACAUUCAUUUAAAAAAAAGUUCAGUUCUGCAGAACUUUUGUUAAAGUAGAUUUCGGUUACUGUUUUUUUAAUCAAAAUAUUAUUCACUAAAGUGAAAAUUCAAAGUGAAUUUCAGAUUUUUAGGCAAAAGUAGAACUGGAAUCACAUCUUGCUUAGCUAAUAUUUCCAACUCAACUAUUUUCAAUUUAAAUUUGAAAUUUACUUUGAAUUCUCACUUUAGUGAAUAACCCUGAAAUUGGUCAGUGAUAGCCUAAGUAGGGAAAAACGAGAGAUUCUGAUUUCCUGUGAAAUGGCUUUGCUUAAUAUAAGUUGUGAUUGAACCAAAAAUGUUUUACAAAAAGCUCCACCUCCUACUAAUGUUCAUGGGAUGGAGGGGAAUAAAUAGCCGUGUGGGGAUCUAGUAAUUAAAAUCACACCUGUGUCAUUUAGUGUUGGGUAGAUGUAGAUGUAAUGUUUAUGAUGAAUAGGCGUUAUCUGAAUUGCAGAACAAAGGAUGCUCAAUACACUGUUUUUAUUUCAUUACUAUUUACGUUAGGGCUAGAGAGAACCUCGCAAUCAUGAGCUCCACUAUUUACGUGUUUACUCCAAAGUGUAUUGAUUCUUCUUUUUGUAUUGCUCCUUAUCGUCUAUAAUUUUUUUUUUUUUGUCUUACUUCAACAGAGUCAGUAUAAGUUUGUUUGUGAAGCCAUUCUCCGUGUUUAUAAAGACGGAUUAAUUAAGCCGUUGCAUUGCAGUUAACGCAUUCACUCAUGUAAAGUUGAAUGAGGUCCCUACGCAACAAUAGAGCGACAUGUCUGAAACAUCAACAUGGGAAACAAGCACAUCUGUGGCACUUUAAAUUUCUGUAAAAGAUUUUUAAGUUCUGUACAUAAAGGUUGUGUAUAUAAUAUGUCAUGUAUAUCUGUUUUAGAGAGUUGUAUAAAAUCAGUUAGCACAUAUUGUACACAUAAAAUGAAAAAAUCAUGGAAACGGAACAUUAGGUAAUUUCUUGCUUUGCCUUAGACAUGAUUUUAUUGGGAUAAUAUAAUUUUUCCACAUGGUUCAUGUUCUGUUCGUAUUGAGAAUAUAUUUACUAUUUUUAGAAUGUAUGUGGAAAACAGAAUACAGUAAUGUAUUAGUUGGUUGUAGCACAUAUUUUUACAAAAACCGUGCCAUGCAAUAAUACUUAAUUGUAACAUGAUAUACUUUGAAAGUACAAAAUCCGUCUUUUAUAAGCUAUGUAUUACUAGAGGGCAAAUUAAUUUAUUUAGUGAUGAUUUGACAGCACAAUUUACGCUGCAGCAAUAGUUUGGUUCAUUUUUUUAUGGCCUCAGCCUUUAAUUGAACACAAUGAUAAGAAUGUUAGGACUGGUAUAGGUCCAUGUGAAACCGUAGUCAUUGUCAAUGUUUAAUGAUAUAUGUCUGCAUUCCCAUUAGUAUAUUUAGUUUUCUCUUAUUUUUCAUUAUGUAGGGGAACAUAGAUAUUACAAAAUGUGGAAGGUUGACUUCAUCAGAUGCAAUCUAUGAUCAGUAACUUCAAAUACAAACAAAUAUAUAUAUAUAUAUAUAUAAUGUUCACAUGCUCUAAAGGUAUGUAAUUAAAAUCACAAUUUAUUAACGUAGGCAUUUAUGAAGAUUAUGUAUACACGCAAACUAAAAAAGUGAAAAAUACCACCAGGUAGGGGUCGACGUAUUAAAAAAACAAAACAAAAAAAAGUACACUUAACUGUAUCCCAAAUAACUCUAUUUGUGUUCUGGAAAUAUUCAUUCACUUGUGGCACAGUAUUAACUGGAAACAGAAAUUAUGCUGAUUAAAAAAGAAAAAGGCUUUAUAAAGCCUGUGUAAGGGUUCUUCAUGUUUUUGGAGAGGCCUGUAAAAUAGUUUAUUAUCCACUUUGGACUUAUUUGAAAUUUUUUUGGAGCUACAUAUAGUCCAUCACAUCUGAUAUCUAAAUGAUAAUUUAAAAAGUGACAAAAACCUACUCUGCAGCGCAAGUUACGUGAAACAAAAAAAAACUAAUCUGAUGGGAAAAAACAAAAACGUGUUUGUAUAUUAAUUUCAUAUAAAACCGUUCACGUCUUUGUAUAACAUAAAUAACAAUGUUCCUUUCUGUUGUCAUAUUUAAAUAGUCUGAUGUGAUCUUACAAAAAUCAAUUUUUUCCCCAAAAAAUAAUACUAGACUGACCAAAGAAAUAUAAAAAUAACUUUUCAAUGCUCUUAUGCAGAGUGAUUUUUGGCUGCAGAUUUGCUAAUGAGGAAUUCUUGCAAAAUUCAUGUUGAUGUAAAAAACUUAUAGGAUUCUGUGAGCUUCAUAUUAAUUCUACAAGAGUACAUUAUCGGUUUGCCACCAUAGUCUCAUGGAGCACUAUAGAAAAUAUUAUGCAUUUUAUUGUUUAAAUACAUUCAUUACUUCAUCUCUGUUAUAGUCUUCCAAAAAUACAAAUCUUGUAUUCAAGAUUUAGAUUCAGCUGGAACCUGUCGUCACCUGUAUUCAACCACUUCUAACUUGUUCUACCCACUCAAUACUUCACUAAGAACAUCUCAGGAUGUCUUGUUAGAGAUUACCUACAAACAGAAGAAGGGGAACUGCAAUGUACCCAGGUAUGCAGGAGCCAUAACAGGUUUAAUAAUAAAAGCUAGGUAAGCUAUAUAUGGCUACUCCAAACUCCUGUCAAUUUUCUUGCAGUGGGCAGAUGCAAACCCUUAAUGCUGCAAAAAUGCUAUUUUACAGAUACAGCCUCUUGAGCUAUCAGUCACUGGAUAUGGAAAAAUAUCCUAUUCGUUGAUCUUGUGGAAGUGUGCAGUUCCUUUUCAUGAUAUAUGGAAGCAAAUGUAAUCUCCUGCAAAAAGGCAUGCAGAGAGAUUAGGGAUAAACCCAUCCAAAAUGCCUAUAUGUAAAGCUUGAGAUACCCAUGUAAAUGAAAGAACAGAUGUUCUACAAAAUGUGAAUGAUGAUUAGUAGAAAAUCUCACUUCUUGUAUCUAUAGCCACUAAUGUCUUGAUAAAGACUUCUCAUUUUGAGGUCAAAUCUCAUAUUUAGGGUUUCUACUCAUCAUUCUCUGCCUUGUAAAGAAUACUGUGCUAGAUUAAACAUUAAAGAACCCAAUAUCUAUAUACAAAUUAAUGCAAUAUAGAUGCUAUAUUAAUAUUUCC